GAUAGAUUAAAAAUUAAACCACUUCCGGUUCAUUUUUCAAUCACAACUACACGUGAAAUGUAUCUACGAUGAAACUUGUGUGGAAUGUUUGUUUAACAACAGAAGAACUCUUAUCAGGAUCACCCAGUAUCAAACCAGAAACGACUAGAGACUGAACAAUGACUGGCGGGAGUAAACUAGCAACGACGACAUCUCCCAAAUCAGCUGAUUCCUUCUGGUUCAAAUACGUCUUGUCAUCUCUCGCCGCUGUAUGUGCAGAAACAGCAACAUACCCUUUGGAUCUUACAAAAACUCGCCUUCAGAUUCAGGGAGAGAAAUCUGGAGAUGGAGCUCUCAUGGCCAAAAGAGGAAUGUUUAGAACAGCUGCAGGAAUUGUCCAGGAGGAAGGUGUACUAUGUCUAUACCAGGGACUGCAGCCAGCAUUAAUUCGGCAUAUUGUGUACACAGGAAGUCGGAUGUCUAUCUAUGAAUUAUUCAGGGAACACAUUCUACAAAGAGAUGCUGAUGGCAGCUACCCAGUCUGGAAAGCCUCAAUAGGUGGUCUGAUGGCUGGAGCUCUCGGACAGCUUAUAGCUAGUCCCACUGACCUCAUUAAAGUCCAGAUGCAGAUGGAGGGAAGAAGGAAGUUAGAGGGGAAACCCCCAAGAGUUAAAGGUUCUUUCGAUGCUUUUCAAAAAAUAGUAGCAGAAAGUGGUGUAAAAGGUCUGUACCGAGGCGUAGUCCCAAACGUACAGAGGGCAGCACUGGUUAACAUGGGAGACUUGUGUACGUAUGAUACAGCCAAGCAGAAUAUCUUGCGUUACACUGAUCUUCAGGACAAUUAUGUCACACAUUCCAUAGCAAGUGCCUGUUCUGGUCUGGUAGCAGCCAUCUUUGGGACACCAGCUGAUGUUGUCAAAACCAGAAUAAUGAACCAGCCAACCAAAAAUGGAAAGGGUCUACUGUACACCGGAUCUCUGGAUUGUCUCAUUAAGACGGCCACACAGGAGGGUGUCAUGGCACUGUACAAGGGAUUCAUACCCAUCUGGUUACGAAUGGCCCCCUGGUCUCUGACAUUCUGGAUAUCAUUCGAGAAGAUCCGUCACCUUGCAGGAACUUCUUCAUUUUGAUAGCAUUAAUGUUUGUUAGUGAUCAGUAUUCAGGACCAGUCCAGCAUUCUGCCUGCUUCAUAUGUAUAUAUUAUACCACAUGGUUCAUAUCGGGUAUAUGUGUGGGAAAAUAUCAUUUUUAGGUCACCUAAGUCACUCAGGUGACUCAUUGCUAUCUGUUUUUUUGUCCAUUGCCGUGCAUUGUUAGUCAUACACUUUUGAACAUUUCAGCUUCUUCUCUAAAAUGGCAGAACCAGUUUGGUAUAUAACUUCUGUGGGUCAGGGGAAACAAACAUUGUGAAUUUUAUAGACCCUGGGGCCUGAGGGGUGUGGCCAAAACCAUAAAAAUUAAUGGUAAUUUUCUUUUUUACUUGUGGACAUCAAGCAGUCAACUGUUGGCAUGGUUAAAAUAAGCAAUAGGCUCUUUACCAAAAUUGUGAAGUUCAUGACUCCUGGAUUCAGGCCUGAGGGUGUUGCCAAGUUAAACAUACUUCUUUACUUCUGGACACCAAGCUGUUACUCUGUUUGCAUGAUUAUAAUGAGCAAUGAGCUCUAUAGCAAAACUGAAAUUCAUAACGAGGUUGGAACUAAGAUGGUCAUGUGUUAAAAAUUCAUUAUAUCUUAGAAAAUCUUUACUUCUGGACAUCCAAGGAUACAAAAUGUUUGCAUGAUUAUAAUGAGCAUUGAUUUAGCCCUCAACCAAAUCUGUGAAAUUCAUGAUUCCUAGGUUCAGGCCCUAGGGUAGGGCUAAGUUGGUCAUGUAUUAAAAAUGAAUAUCUUAAAAAAUCUUCUAAAAGUUGACAGAAUGUUAGUGCAAUUGGGAUUGUAAUGGGGACUGAGCCCUCUUACAAAUUUUUUUAAUUAAUGAUCCCCGGGUGGACUAGAUUGGUCAUAUUAUACAGAUUAUGUAUACAGUUAUACCAAUAUAUCUAUCUUAUUAUAUACUUUCAAUUUCAUCUCUUCUUUUUUCUUUAAAAGUUUGCGGGCAUAUAUCACACGAUAUAUGCCCGGAAACAUUCCGGCCCGCAAACAUUACGUCACAAUCAAAUUUCUACUCCGUUAAUUUUCAAAUUUUUUGUGUUUUUCAUCUUUUACUCAGUUAAACCGAUAAAAUUAUUGUUGAAAAUAAAAUUAUUGUUAGUUUCUAAAUGAAAUUGAAAGUAUAUAAUAAAAAGGUUAUAGACUUUGUAUGGGAAAUAUGACGACCUCGUUUUUUGUCCCGAACGGACCUCGCAAGCUCGGUCCGUCUACGCGCCAAAAAACUCGGUCGUCAUAUUUUCCCAUACAAAGUCUAUAACCUAUAAAUAUAGAAACAAAAACAUAAAAAUGGAGAAGUCUAAAAAAGGACACAGGUAACACAAUGGCUUCCAAAGACCAACAAUUGUGGAUGUUCAGGUGACCGUUAAACUGCGCUAUUUUUAAAACUCAGAUUUUCAUGAGGAUGUCUACAACAUUGACAUUGUACCAGUAAUUAUUAUCUGUACUACCAGUAUUUUUUGUACUAGUAAUAUUUUCUAGAUAAUUCAGCAAUGUAAAUGUACUGAUUUGUCAAUUUAAAAAAUGAGUAUACAUAUUUCUGUGGGUGUGUGUGUGUGUACAUGUUUGUGUGGGGAUGUGUGUGUGUACAUGUUUGUGUGGAGAUGGGUGUGUACAUGUUUGUGUGGAGAUGGGUGUGUACAUGUUUGUGUGGAGACGGGUGUGUACAUGUUUGUGUGGGGAUGGGUGUGUGUACAUGUUUCUGUGGAGAUGGGUGUGUACAUGUCUCUGUGGAGAUGUGUGUGUGUGUGCUGAAGAUAUCAUUUCUCAAUAAUCGAGCUGCAUUUAAUGCAAAAUUCUUCUUAAUCAUGCGCCGUGAUUGUGUCUGCAUUUCAUAAUUUUGAAUGUUUGCAGUGAUUGUAAUGAAUGGAUAUUCUGCACCAUUGAGAAAUUCCUGUGGUUGUUUUAUGGCCUUCAGAAAACCAAUCUUGUGAUCAAAUCACUGCACAAAUCAUGUGCAUGCAAAUGAAUGAUAUUACCUAAAAUCACAGGCACUUAUAUCGCUUGGGGCCUAAUUACUAUAUAUAAGAGUACUCUUACUCUUAUAUAUAGUAAUAAGGCCCCAAGCGAUAUAAGUGCCUGUGCCUAAAAUGAAUAAAAGCAAUACAAAUAUUUUGUGACUGUCUUUUCUUGAUUGAAUUAAUGUAAUAACUUUGUAUCCAUUUACAAUCAAUUAAAAAUAAAUUCUAAAAGAUUG